UAUACAUGUACCCAAUCAAACAGUACCAAGGGAGUAGCUUAUCAACUAUUCUCCUAAGUAAGAAGAGACAUCCUUUUUAGGAUUCUAUAACUGUAAAAUUCUUUGGCUACAGAUUGUUGCAUCUGCCACUCCGUCAAAGGCGAAAAUACCUGAAGGAUUUAUUUGGUGACGGCAAGUGGGUUAUUUCGAGUUUGCGACAGAAAAUGACUGUAGAGUCUGAUGAUUCUUGUGCAGAUAACGAAGCCACAUUGGCUAGGAUGAACACCUUUCUUGAUGAUGCGCUACGUUCUUCUUGUGAAGGAAUCAUGGUGAAAUCCCUUGAUAUAGAUGCUGGGUACACACCAUCAAAGCGCACUAAUGCAUGGUUAAAGGUCAAGAGGGACUACGUGGAAGGGCUAAGUGAUUCCUUGGACUUGGUUCCGCUUGGUGCUUGGUAUGGGAACAGAUGUUUGAUGAUGGAAAGAUUACGACUUCCAAGGAGGCUGAGAGAUUCCAUCAUUUGUUUGGAUUUGGUGCAAGUGUUGCUCACAUUUUCUCUUGCACGGUGAAGUAGUUUCAAGCUUCUUUGUCUCCUUUGAAGUCAUCGUGGUUCUUUAUCAAUAUUUUUUUGAUAAGAUGAAAUGGAUUUGUUGUGAAUUUAAUCUACAAUGGAUUGUCACCUAUUUAACUUAACUUUAAAUUGCCUCUA